AUGUCAUCUUACGCAGAAAAAGCUGCUGAAUCUGGUCCAGCAGAUAACAAAAAAAUCCCAUCUCCUCCAGAAGUUAAACAUUCCACUCCAUCAGGAAGUGUUGAAGCUGUUGAAGAAAAUGCUAAGAAAUCAGCAUUAGGAGGGAAAGCUGUUGUUGAAGAAAAAGUUAAUAGUUUGAAGAAAGAUUUACCAAAAUUAGGAGAAGAAGCUAAAAAAGCUGAAAAGGAAGCUGCUGAAAAAUUAAAGAAGAAAUAUGAUGAAAACAAAGGUCCAGUUUUGAACUUUAUUAGAAGUAUCAGUGAAAAGAUUACAAAAGCUACUGAUUAUGUUGUUGCUAAAACCAGUUCAGGUGCUGUUGUUGCUAAAGAAGAAUUGAAGAACCCAGCUGUUGCCACACAAACUGUUGUUGGUAUAGGAGCAAUUUCUGCUGCCAUUGUUGCCUUACAAGAUCGUCAACGUAUCUUUAGAUUCAAAUCUGAUAAUGAAAUCAGUUUGAUUUUAGCUGCUGUUGCUGGAUUUGUCGUUUUGGAUGGUUACUUAUUCUCAGUUUUCUACCCAAAAUACAAAAAGAACUAA